GCGUAAAAAGUUCCGGUAUACCUUAACCUCAAAACAAUUGGUCGCCAAGAUACAAUUCGUAAUUGAAAUUCGAUUCUGAUCGUUGAAGAUUUUUGUGAAUAAUGUUUCGAGCUAUACGUGUAGCUUCCCUCGUAAGAAAUUAUGUUACCCAAGCGCAAGAAAUAGGAAAUCUCGUCAAGGGAAAUAAGGUGGUUGUUUUUAUGAAAGGUGUACCAGAAGAACCGCGAUGUGGUUUCAGCAAUGCAGUUGUACAGAUUCUACGGAUGCAUGGAGUUCAAUAUAACGCACAUGACGUGUUGGCCGAUGAGGAGCUUCGUCAAGGUGUGAAAGAAUUCUCUAAUUGGCCGACGAUACCACAGGUCUUCAUAAAUGGUGAAUUCGUAGGGGGGUGUGACAUAAUGCUUCAAAUGCAUCAAAACGGGGAGUUAAUUGAGGAAUUGAAAAAAGUCGGGAUAAACAGUCUGCUUUUAGAGAAGUCCAAGGAAGCUGAAAAUCCAAAAAAGUAAAUGUAGAGUGUGAGUAUCUGUAAAUAACCACCACAUUUAUGUUACUGUUGAAUUUAUUUUGUACCUAGUCAGUUGCUGUUAUAAUAAAAUAGAUAAUAUCCGCUGCA